CACUUGCUUUAAAUCAUACUGUCCAACACUUUACUUUGCGCUAUUGUCUGUUCGAAUUUACGCUUGAAGGUUCCCUUUCAACCUUCAGAUAGUGUUCCUCGAAAUUGAUAGAAGUGCUUCAGCGCGCACGCCAUCGUUGAUGUAUCAUUCCGAGUGGAUUUGAUCCACGUUCUAGACCUCAUCAAUGUUUUGAAGAUCAUGAGUUUUGAACUCGUCCAUAAUUGCUAAUUUAUGGCAGUGUCCUAACACCUGUUGGCUCACCUUCUCAUGGACGGCGGCGGUACUGCCUCUAUUCUGUUAGAAUGGUGCCAACCUGCCUGGUGAACUCCACACUUCUAUAGGAAUAACCAAGACCACUGGCAGUAUCAGUAGUGGUGGCGGAAACGUACACCGCCCGACAAUAUCUCCCGGUGCAUAAAUAGCCCCGGAGGUGUCAUUCCUCCCUUACUCUAGUCUAUCCUGCCUCUUCACACUCAAGGUCGCUCGCCUUCCCUCUCUCGUCACCCCCAUCAUGCCUUCGAGGCCUCUCCUCGAUACAUGGCACCGUAUCAUCGACUACCUUCUCGCUCAGAGGAGGUCACUCUUCGAACUCGUCUAUCAAUACCCUCGCGUUCUUGGACAUACGCCUAAAUCCGAUCGAGAUGUCGAUCACAAUGCUGGAUCGAGUUCGAGUCAUCCCCAUCAUGCAGGGAAGAGAAAAGCGUUGCUAGUCGGAAUCAGCUACGAGUCCCGGGAAGAUGAGGUCUUUAGGCAGCUGGAUGGGCCUCAUACGGAUAUUGAAAUGAUGAGAGCGUACUUGAAGGAACAUGAUUUCGACGUUGUAGUAAUGACCGAUACACCUGGUGCUGGUGACCUUGCCCCAACCAGAGCCAAUAUGAUACGAGAGAUGAAGAAUCUGGUCGCCGGCGCCGGACGACGGGAUAGUUUCGUGUUCCACUACGCUGGGCACUCGGACCAGGUAGUAGCGCUCUGGGACCGCAAUGAAGAUGAUGGCAUGGACGAAGUACUGGUCCCUGUUGAUCAUAAUGGCCUGGAAGAUCGAGAGAAGCUGAUCAUCGACGACGAGCUCCGCAAGCUUUUAGUCGAACCUCUCCCGAUUGGCGCAAAACUUACCGCCAUCUUCGACAGCUGCCAUUCAGGCACACUAUUAGAUCUCGACCACGACAAGUGCAACGAUCUCGAUCCUAAGGACAAGUUGUUUCGCGUUGUCAGAACUGCAACGCUCGUCUCAGUCUUCCGUCGUCGCAUCUACACCACAACCCGUAUCAACACUCACCAUGUCCAGAUUCGUCGUUUAUCCGUCGAGCUCAAACCAGAAAAGAAUGGUUCUCCUAGCAAACAACUCAUCCUGGAGAGUCGAAUCUCCACCUUCCACUCUGAGCCGAAUCUAGUGCCGUCGAUGUCACCGAUGGACCCAAUUGCUCACCGUCUGGUUACAAGGAGUCAAAGGCCGUCGACUAGAACAGUGCAACUGGGAAUCUCGAAACUGAACACUCAGAAGGUCCCCCGAAGGAAAUGUACAGGGAUGUGUCCGAUAAGCCCGACCCCAAGGCAGAAUGCUGUGUCGAUAUCUGCCUGUCGUGAUGGGCAGUUCACCUUCGAGGAUGAGAAUGGGUGUUCCCUGUCUCAGGCUCUGGUCGCUGUCCUUAGACAGAACCCGGAACUGACGCACGCUGAACUCCUCGCACAACUCAGAUGUCGCGUGAAUGAGACAGCUAUCAGGAUGCAUGACUGGUAUCAUGAAAACGGACGUAAUUGUAGUGGUGUUCUCAUUACCAGCCCAUCUGGUACCGUAGCUCCAAGGAAAUGUUCUGCUGUCCAAAGGUUAUUCUACACUUGGCAGCCACAGUAUAGCUUGCGAGCCAGAAACGUUUGAACAUGCAAGACCGGUUUUCGCUAAUAUGUUGAUUACUGCAAGCAAUUGUAGCUCCUUGUAUCGUUAUCUUUCUUCGACUUCUAAACAUCUUCACUCCACUUGCUCGCAUUUUAUGAACACUUUCAACAUUUCCAGCCACGGCUGAAUUCAUGAUGUUUCCGGUCUAGUUACCACUCAACCUAUUGCUAUGACAGGUUUUCUUAGUUACUUACUUGUAGUUUUCGCACACUUGAUACUUAUAUUGAUCUCCUUCGUGUACUUGGUCCUCCGCACAUGCUAACAAGCGAGAAAUUUGUGAGAGUUC